AUGAGCGACAUGAGCAAAGACGGUCCGAAGAACAUUGACGGUGCCGAGGAGGCCAAGAAGAUGAUCAAGAGGUACCAAAUCCGAGCACGGGCGUUGGACCACGCAGUCGGGGAAAGGAAGAUCUCCUCUAUCCAGGCUGCAUUGGCGACAUGGGACUUCAGCCGCGACGAUGUGCAUGCUGUCAAGGCACGCCAGGCCAUUGCCCGGCGUGAUCAGCAGAAGCAGAAGUUGCAGGCAGCCGUCCUGGGCAAAGAUGGCCCUCACUUGCAGCAGGUCACUCAGGAGUGGGAGUUUGACCGCACCGACGAGGACUACCAGCAGGCUAUGGCGGCCUUGCGUCGCUACGACAAGCUGGUGGAAGACGUGGAGAGGCUCAUGGGACCGCCAAUGGACAUAGUUGCUCUGGCGAAUGUGCUGGACAACUGGGAGUGGUCCAAAGAUGACCCAGUCCACCUCGCUACCGAAAAGAAGAUCGCAGAGCAUGAAAAUGCGGCCCGGAAUGCUCUGCAAGCCAAGGAUGGCUGGAAGUUGCAGCGCAUCUGGCAGUUCAACGAUGUGAAGAAGAAAGGAGCCGCCCCUUCCGUGCUACAAAAGCAGAUGGGAGGGAUCAAGUGGAAAGCAACGGUGGCGAAGAACCGUUACAGAGAAGCGACGCAUGCCCUGCGUGAAGCGAUCCGAGCAGCGGUGGAGGAAGCGGAAUUCAUGCGGACGGAGGCCCUGCAAGAGGUCCAGGUGCCCGGAGACGAGGACGCCUUGCAGGCUCCGCAGGAGAAUGUGCUCAUGAGCCUGGCACGGUUCUCCACCACGGGCCUUCCGCCCAAAGAGUACGAGCUGCGAACGCUCGUGGAAAACUGGCCCUUCAGUCUCGACGACCCCACUUUGCAGAUGGCCUCUUACUGGGUGGCUUCGAGAGCUUUGCUGAAGACCUGCUCGCUCCGGUAUUUGGACAUCGCGCUACACGGUGGGCACACGGUCAGCAUCACGAAAGCCCUGGGCCGCGCAUCUGCUGUGGCAGUACCUCCUCGGAUCUACCACAAGUUCAUCAAGCUUCCUGAGAACAUUGUGCGCGGCAAGGAGGAGGCCCUGAUGCGAGAGGCCACGAUGCAGGCUGUGGGCGCAAUGAGUCUAGGUGUAGAGCCGGAUGACCUCAUGAUGGCCUCUGCAUUUGCGAAGGAGCUGGCGGACAAGGCCAGACUCGUCCGCAUGGCGGUGUCCUGCGUCGAGGCAGGUCGUAUCCCCACCCUUCGUGCGGCCUCGAAACCUCCAAGGGUGGUCCAUGGCAUCAUGGAGACGAUCUGCCACUGUGUCGCUGGUAUUCACCCAGUUGUGCGUGACCCACCUCGGGACACCGGCUGGAGGACGUGCCAACGGAUGAUGAACAAUCCGAAGGUGCUGAUUGAAAAUCUCACCUCUCUUCCGGAUUGGGUGGCAUCUGGCAGAACCGAACCGAUUGAAAGAGCCAAGGCUCACUGGGCCAAGGUGCAGGCAGAAGUGGGCCGACAGCAGGACUGCACCGUGGAGGCAGUCCGCCGUCAAAGUAUCUUGGCCGGACAAUUCCUGCUCUUUCUGGAACAGACAUUCGGGUUCUACGAGCUCCUCAGUUUGGCAAAUGUUGCUCCGGAGAAGCGCCGAGGUGCCCAUGCAAUUGCGAGAGAUGCAGAUGCACAAAGACUUUCCGACCUCCAGGCAAUCUUCGUCACACUUCGCGAAGAAGCUCACAGCAACCCAGAAUUUGCUGGGCAGCCACUCUGGUACUACGUCCUCACCAAAGCUUCCAGCCUAGAGGUCGUGGACGGAGGGCAGGACGUUGGUGUCGAGCGAGCUCGACUACAAGUGAUGGAAGCAUUGGCGGUGACAUCUGUGUCGAACGCAGUGCCGGAGCUGUGCUUAGCAACUUAUGCCGUGGGCUGCGGCCUCCGCAGCGCGAGGUCGGAAGAAUUGGUGCACCGGAUCGAGGCGGCGAUGUUGAAGAUCGCGCAGUGCUCGCAGCUGGAUCUGGACAUGCCAUCGCUGCUGGGUGGGCAACUGGCAGAUCCAGCAAUAUGCCUGAUCUACGGCACCAGCAUGUUCGACACUACGGUGGCGCGGCCCGGAGGAGGAGAGCGACGCCAGGGCGGCCGGCGGGUGGCGAUUUCGGUCAAAAAGAAUGAGACAGUAAAGGCUUUAGGUGACAUUGGUGCAACACUGCCCAUCGAGAUCCCUGUGAGCCCUACUCGAGUCUUGAGCCCACCGAUCCCCACUCCAACGUCUCCGCGGAAGCAGUCACUUCAGUUGACGAUGAUGGACAUUCUUCGCACUACGACAGAGCUCGUCCGCGGCCAUGCCUGGGGAGUGCCAAGAACAGGCCAGUACUCGGUGCAGGUGGACACUCCUUGGCAGAUGCAGGUGGUGUGUGAGAUCUUGGAGUUGAGCACAAGCUUGCUCAAAAAGCCUCUCGUGCCACAGGCCAAUCUCAGUACGUCGCUUCGUCUUCUACAGGAACUAGAGGAGGCUGGGCUGCCGGCAAGUUACCAAGUUGAGUUCAUCGAGCAGCGCCGGCGAUCUGCUGCCUUCUUAGGAUCCAUUCCGACCACGCCAGGGACUCCCGAGAAGCCUGGUUCGCGCCACAGUGACCGGGACCGGGAGUUGCCCUUUGGAAGACGGGACACCUCGUCCGAGAGCCGGAGACGCGACAACACGAUGGAUGGUCCCAACUUCACACGCCGAGACACCUCUCGCGAGCGCGAUGACGGUCUGUCUUGGCGGCGAGAGAAUGCGAUGCAGGACUCUGUGUCUCCACCGCCCGUGAGGGAGGCCGACUACCAACGUGGUCUCCAUGCUGUCAGCGCCUUCGUCAAAGCCAUGCAGGACUUCUACCAAGAGUUUAUGCCGUUGCGGGCAUAUGCGGUGGCAAAUAUGUCCUUCUGCCUCCAGGCCGAGAAAGCCUACAGAGAAUCCACCAAGGCUGGGCGCUAUGCCUGCGAUCUGGAGAACAUGUGCGCCCUACCGCCGAACUGUACAAGCGUGGACUGCGUCUUGCAGGCAGCCAACCUCGCCUGCAAUCAGUUGCAGGCCAUGGCUGAGCAGGGUAUACCGAUCGUCUAUCCACACGUGGAGUACGUGCGUUGUGCGAUUGAUAGCGCUGGACUCGCCUUUCUCAACAGCCCUCCAGCUGCAGAGCCUGCGCAGCGGCUGCGAUGGGCCGAGGGCAUCAUGUCUGUCCAGCUCGCGCCACUUCCAAGCUUCGAUCAGACGUUGAAGCGCAUUGCGAGGUCCAUUGACGAAGAGCAGCUUGCGGAACUGGCAGCUAACCCAGAGCCGCCGGAGAACAUGCAGCGUGGUGCUUUGGGCACCGGCAUCGAGCGGCUUUUCGCAGCUCUGGCCUGGGUUUUGGACCCGCAGUGCAACUGCGACCGGCGCUGGUCGCAAUCCCGACAGCUGCUCUUGGACGCAGAAGGUGGGCGGCCGUUCGAAACCAUGUCAGCUGCCGUCAUUGGAUUCCGACUUCCACGCUAUCCGCUCUAUAGGCGCACCUUUCGGCGUCUUGCUGCGCGAUCGCAUCCAGACGUCGCGAGUGGCAGCGACGAGUCCUUCCGACGAGUCGUGGAUGCGUACCGCGUCUUGCAAGGGUUGGACGACGCAGAGCUGCUUUCCGCAGGUGAAGAGCCAGCUGACGCAGUGGAGGAAUUCCUCGCCGACUGGCUCGGAAAAGAAUUCGCGGUCCCAGGCUGGGGCAAUUUCGCUCAGAUAGAGAGAGACACAGAUGAUGAUGGCUGGGCAGGGCGAGCUCCCGUUUUAAAUACCUUCGUGAGAAGGCACGACGCUGCAGUCGAGGGCCUCGUCUCAGAAGGAUCCGUCGUGCUCUUUCGUUUGCUGCAGCCCAAGAUGGGCUUCGGAUGGGGCAUCGGUCAUGUUGUGGCGGUGCAGGUGAACUACAGCAGGAAUGGGCCAAAUGGCCUGCUUCAUGUGCAGCCUAUGUACCUGCGAGAGAUCAGGAGUGGCGCUGCUUUGCUGGAAGAUGAUUGGGACGCUGACAUUGCCAUCACGAGGGCGACCGAUCGCUUGGAAGUCUUGGAUGCGCGGCUUCAAAGCGACGGGACUUUGCAGCUGGAGGAGCCGAGUCGAGCUCACACGCGAGCGGUUCUGUCAGGUUUCGCAGAAGAGCUCCCGCCUCGGAGAUGUGGCAGUAGCUUGGAGAUGCGGGCCGAAAGCUUCCCACCUUGGUCGAAUUCUGCAGUUCAAGCUCUGCGGACGCUCUUCUGCUGGUUGACACUAGCGGUCGCGAUCGCACCUGUCGUGCUGCGCUCAGUCAUGAGGGACAUGAGCAUUCGCGCGCAUGUGCUUCUUACUUCUUCACAUCCGCGGACCGCCGCUGCGCUGAAGUUUGGGAGUUGGGACAUGCGAUCGCCUUCUGCCAGCAUCAUCAAGACCGGCCUCCAACGCGUGGACUCCGCUCCGGCCGCGGGCCGCGCCAGCGCCGCAGCGAAGGUGGUCCCGAAAAGAGCCUGGACGUCCGUGCUUUUCCUUUUGGAUAGCAGCGCCGAGGCGUGGUGGUGGCUCAAAGGCAUUCGAUCGUCUUCCCAGGCACCGAGUCCAUGGACAAACAGCGAAGAUGGUGGCGUUGGUGUCGCCAAUCCCAUGUUUGGCAAGCCGGAAGAUGCCUGGCAGCAGGGCGAAGACCCUUUCGAUGGUAACGAUCCGACAGCAGCUGCUCUGGAGUUUGACCGGGAAUUGGACAAGGAAAUUGACGAGGUUCUAAAGGAUGCAGCCGCCCAAGCUUGA